ACAAUUACAACAGUAGGCAACACAAAUACAAGUCAAAAUACAAAAUACAAAUUAUGAACAGCUGUAGAUUAUUGUCGAAUGCAAAUUUUAGGAUGUUCCACUUCCUGGUGCGUUAGUUGCAAAAACAAUGUUACAAGUCUGCAACUUAUCAAGUCUGCAACUACUGAUAGUAUAAUCAAUGGUGUUAUGGCUCCAUCUAGUGGUACAUUUUUCCCGGAACCAAGCUGCGAUGGCUGUACGGAACAAAUAUUCUGUUACGCCUACAUCCGCCGGUGUCUCAACAUUCCAACAUGGCAAGUAGAAGAAGUGACAAGAAGCAAAGCACAGGAGACAAAUAUUCUAUUCUAUUGCCUACUUACAACGAACGAGAAAAUCUACCCCUUAUUGUAUGGCUUUUGGUGAAAAGCUUCGAAGAGAGUGGGUAUGACUACGAGAUAAUAGUCAUUGAUGAUGGAAGCCCGGAUGGGACACUUGAGAUUGCUGAACAGCUGCAGAAAAUCUAUGGAGAAGACAAAAUACUACUUAGACCCAGAGCAAAGAAACUUGGAUUAGGCACUGCUUAUGUCCAUGGCAUCCAGCACGCCACUGGCAACUUCAUCAUCAUCAUGGAUGCCGAUCUCUCUCAUCAUCCCAAAUUUAUUCCUGAAUUCAUAGAAAAACAGCGAGAGGGAGGGUAUGAUGUGGUGUCUGGGACGAGGUACAGGGGAGAUGGAGGUGUCUACGGAUGGGAUCUACGCAGGAAACUGAUCAGCCGAGGAGCGAACUUCGUCACACAGGUGCUGUUAAGACCUGGAGCAUCGGAUUUGACAGGAAGCUUCAGGUUGUACAAAAAGGAGGUCUUGGAGAACCUGAUCAAACACUGCGUGUCAAAGGGCUAUGUCUUUCAAAUGGAGAUGAUUGUGCGUGCGAGACAGCUUGGAUAUAGCAUUGGAGAGGUUCCCAUCUCCUUUGUGGACCGUGUUUAUGGAGAAUCUAAGCUGGGAGGAAAUGAAAUUGUCUCCUUUUUGAAAGGACUUCUGACCCUGUUCGCAACAACAUGAACUACACAGCCGUUGGUCAUGGGGCCGGCGUCACUGCAGAAAAGAGGCGAGAUGAAAUGGUAGCUGGGGUGUGUUUCUCGACAACAGCGCUGCUAACUAAGUUAGCAACUUACUUGGUUGCAAUGCAAUUUCCCAUUGGAAACCUAGUAAGUUGCUAACUGGUUAGCAACGAUGCUUUCGAGAAACAGGGUAGCUGGUUUCAUGUAGUGUUUGGUUUUAUGGCCAUUUCACUGGAACUUUCUCUGUGUUAUGGGAGUGUAGAUAGCCAUAUUGCAGUACAUAUGUAUGUGCGCUUUAGAGGAAUGGGUUUGUGGGAUGUCAUUUAGAUGGUUUCCAUGUCUCAAGUAAAGCAAAUUAAUUGGUAAACUCCCAAUGUUACCAAAAUACAAUAGUUAAAAUGAAUAAAUCCUGUAAAAUUAUAACAUUUGGCCUUGCGCCCGCUCGUCAUAAACAUUUAUUUUCAAACCUGUUUUACUGUAGUAACGAAAGCAAGUGUUGGUCUGGUUGGCGUGACCAAAAUUGUCAAGUGUCAAUACUGGGACAGGAAUGCAUACAGUGGGUACUUAAGAGUAUGUGACAGUAGCCUAAGAAACUUGCUGUUAUGCAACAGAUAUAUUUUGAAUAAAAGGUCUUGAUAUUGAUAAUCUCAAAUAAUAAUGAAAUCUAUUCAUUAGCAGAUGAGCUGAUAUGAGUUAAUAUUGCUGGAAAAGUGUUGGGUCAAGCCCAUCUUUGCGAAGAAAUGAGAACGUACCAUGUGCUUGUGAACUGUGAUCUGGUCCACUGCUCAUUACUUUUCUGUAUGUUUGAAUCCACCGUUUUGUAAUAGAAAUAAUCAGAAUAAAUUAUUCAUGAAAAAAUGAA